AUGGAAGAUGUGAUGAUCGACAUUGGAAGAGCUCUGAACGCCCGCAAUCUGAAGAGCAUUGGGAUUCUAGAUCAAGUAAGGGUCAAACCAACUCUGGACACCUCUUGGGAAGCUCUUAAAGAUCAGAGAAAGAUUCCACAUGAACUCUAUCUGUUCUCAAAGAUCGACCAUCCAAAGGUGGUCAUGUAUUACUUAGAUGAUCUGCGGAAACAAGGAGUUGAGUUCUCAGACUUCAACUUAGACUGGCUGCCAGAACGCCCUCCAGACUUCAUGAAACGACCACGAGGACCAUCUGAGAAGGCGAAGCAGGCGAAGAAAGCGAAGCUGGGAGAAUAUUCUGGAUCAAGACCUCCAGUACCUCUGACUGGAUCUUCUGGUAAGUCUGUUUCUCUCCCUCCUUCUGUACAAAUUAAGCCUAUUGCUUCCUCCAUCCCUCAACCAACACCCAUUUACACCAACUCAGAAACUCCUCCCUCAACCACCAGACCAUCUAACCAACCCUCGCAAAAAUUUAACCUAGCCACCACCUCUCUACCUAUUUCGGAAGCAGAAAUGCUAAACAAAACUACUUCACCUUCCUCAUCCUCUUCUCUAGAAUCACCACCCUACUAUAACCUUUCCUCUGAUACUGAACCAUCUGACCCUCCCUCUCCAACUCUGGCUCAGCUCCAAACACGUGCUCUGGCCUCCCAACAGCCAACACAAUCCAUACCUGAACCAGAAGUCACCUCAUCACCCACAGAAGAACCAAACACAACCACAUCUGACCCUCCACCAUCUGAAACAACUCACGCUAAAACUCAACCACCCAAAUUUGACAUACCUCCACCAAAUACAUCCGCUGAACCACAAACUCUCACACUCAACCUAAGCCCUCCUACUUCUCCACCCCUAGCCUCUGAACCUAAAAACACCCUUCCAACCCUUGAGGAAGCAAUAAUGGAAGCUGAAGCCAAAGCUCUAGCUGAUGCCACUGCUUCUGCUGAAGUUGAAGCCAAAGUCGCCGCUGAAGCUGAAGCCAAAGCUGCCGCUGAAGCUGAAGCACGCCUUGCUGAAGAGUCUGCCACCAGGGUAGAACAAGAUGCUCUGACUCAGGGGGAGUCCUCCACUUUUGUCCCUCUGGUUCUAAAGACUCUUUAA